AUGAACUUUUUGGCCGUGAAAGGACCCGAAUUAUUCAGCAAAUGGGUCGGAGAUUCGGAAAAAGCGAUUCGGGAUUUGUUUUCGAGGGCGAGACAGGUGAGCAAAAUCUGAAUUUUGAAGAGAAAAGUGAAUUUUGACCCGAAAUUGAUCUAGAAACUUGAAAAUUCUCAAUUUUCAGUUAAAAAUCCGAUUUUGCAGUGAAAAAUGACCGAAAAUUCGAUUUUCCUUCGAAAAAAAAACGUGGCCGAGAAAUCCAAAUGAUGUGGCCUAGCAACCGACAGAUUUGAAUUCCUCGGCCACGUUUUUUUUUCAGCUGAAAAUCUUAUUUUUCGAUGGAAAAGCUUGAAAUUCCCAGCUGAAAAUCGAAAAAUGAUGCAAUUUCGCUCUACCGCGAAAAAACCACAUUUUCUUCUAGAAAAUGCAAAUGCGCUCUAUUGACAAUCGUUCAAAAUUUCCCCAUUUUUUCAAUUUUUUCCUUGUCAGGUCUCCCCAACAAUCGUAUUUUUCGAUGAAAUCGAUGCAGUUGGCUCAUCUCGAGGUUCGGAAAAAUCAUCAGGAGUUUCGGAUCGAGUUUUGGCACAAUUAUUGACCGAAUUGGAUGGAUUGGAGAAAACGAGUCGAGUGAUUUUGUUGGCCGCCACAAAUCGACCUGAUCAAUUGGAUAGCGCACUUUUGAGACCUGGUAAGGGAGGAUUUUGGAGAAAAUAUUGAUUUUUUCGAGGUCCUGGCCUAGAAAAACAAAUCUGUCGGGCCCUAGGCCAUAUCGUGGAUUUUUGCAGGUCGUUUGGAUCGCGCAAUUCAUGUUGGUCUACCGUGUCGCGAAACGCGAAAAGCGAUUCUGGAAAUGCGAACCAAAAAAAAUGGAAUUUGAGAAUUUCGAUGAAACCAUCGCCAAACUCAUUGAUAAAACUGAAGGUAUUAUCGAAAAUCUCCGGAAAUAAACACGCAACGCAGACCGCGUCGCGCCACAACACACACAGAUAAGGAAACGAUUCAAAUUCCCUCCUUUUUGUGUGUGUUGUGGCGCGGCUGCGUUGCGUGUUUAUUUCGGUGGAUCGCGUGGUAUCGAUGAGAUUUUCGAAAAUAAAAAAUUUUUUGCAGGUUAUUCCGGAGCGGAACUAGUUGCGGUAUGUCGAACUGCGGCAAUGUUUGCGAUGCGCGAAAAUAUCGAGGCGACCAAAGUUGAUUGGAGACAUUUUGAGCAGGGUAACUUUUUAUUCUUCAACUUUUUUUCAAAAAAAAUUCCCAUUUUUUUGCAGCACUUUUGGCGGUUGUUGCGAGAACUGAAACGUAUUUGCUGAAAAUUUAUGAGGAAUUCAAAGCUGGACGAUUUUCUUCUUCUUCUUCUUGUUGA